UUUUUUUUUUUUUUUUUUAUCUUCAAUUUCUCUCCUCAAUCAAAUUUCUUUUCCUUAAACCCUAAAUUAACAUUUUUCUUCUUUUUCAAUUGCAGGUUCUCUUUCUGGGGAGGUCGUCGUUAUACUUGCACGUCACUCGUUUCUACAACAUUUGCGGAGCAAAACCCACAAACCAACUUUACUCUGUACUUCGGCUGCAUCAUCUAUAGAGGAUUGGGCCAAACCCCCAAUGACCAUGAUUUGGAUUUAGGAGUGCACACCCAUCACCAUGACUUGGGUUUAGGACAUGCCCAUGAUCAUGGACUAGCUCUUGGUCCAACACAUGAACAUGAAAUGGCUCUUCAACACAAUCUUGAGGAAAAUGGUUUAGAGUUGGAUGGAGAUAAAGAUUCCGAAGCUGCUCAAGACCAUGCUGAUGAUCUUGACAACCAUGACAAUGAAUUAGCUUUUACUGUUGAGAAUCAUGACUUGGGUUUAUCCGACCAUCAUGAAUUGACUGUUGUAGAGAACCAUGAUCUUCAUGAGAGCUUAGAUCUAGCCCUAGUAGAGCAGAAUCAGGAGAUGGGUAUAGUAUCUGUUUCAGAUAUGACUGUUCAGCAGUCCCUGAUAGUUACUCCUCCAGUCCUUCAGUCCCGUGCCCUAGUUGAUCCUGACCGCAAAUUGACUGUUGGGCAAGAGUUUCCUGAUGUCCAUAGCUGCCGAAGGGCUCUGAGGGAUGCAGCCAUUUCCCUUCACUUUGAAAUGCAGACAGUCAAGUCUGACAAGACUCGUUUCACUGCCAAAUGUGCAAGUGAGGGAUGCCCUUGGCGAAUUCAUGCUGCAAAGCUUCCUGGUGUUCCUACCUUCACAAUUAGGACCAUCCAUGAGCCACAUACCUGUGGUGGAAUUACUCAUCUUGGUCAUCAUCAAGCCUCAGUCCAAUGGGUUGCAGAGUCUGUAGAACAACGCCUGCGGGAAAACCCUAAUUACAAACCAAAGGAGAUAUUAGAAGAGAUUCACCGGAUCCAUGGGAUCGCAUUAUCAUAUAAGCAGGCAUGGAGGGGAAAGGAGCGAAUCAUGGCUGCAGUUCGUGGGUCAUUUGAGGAAGAUUAUCGAUUACUUCCUCAGUAUUGUGACCAAAUCAGAAGGACAAAUCCAGAAAGUAUUGCGUUUGUCUAUGGAAAUCCUGUUGACAACUGUUUCCAACGCCUCUUUAUUUCCUUUCAAGCAUCAAUUUAUGGUUUUCUAAAUGCAUGCCGGCCUCUUAUAGGACUUGAUAGGACUUCUCUGAAAAGCAAGUACCUUGGGACCUUGCUUUUUGCCACUGGUUUUGAUGGAGAUGGCGCUAUGUUUCCUUUGGCAUUUGGUGUGGUUGACGAGGAAAACGAUGAUAACUGGAUGUGGUUCCUUUCAGAGCUGCAUAACCUGCUUGAAAUUAAUGCAGAGAACAUGCCAAGGCUUACAAUUUUGUCUGACAGGCAGAAGGGAAUUGUGGAUGGAGUAGAAACAAACUUCCCAACUGCUUUUCAUGGGUUUUGCAUGCAUCAUCUUAGUGACAGUUUCCGGAAGGAAUUCAACAGUGCCAUUCUCAUCAACCUUCUUUGGGAGGCUGCUUAUGCUCUCACUAUACUUGAAUAUGAAGCAAAAAUCCUUGAGAUUGAAGAGAUAUCACAGGAUGCUGCCUAUUGGAUCAGACGAAUCCCACCUCGCUUGUGGGCCACAGCGUAUUUUGAGGGUGUAAGGUUUGGGCAUCUCACAGCUAAUAUAGCUGAAUACUGGACAACUUGGAUACUUGAAGCUUCUGGGCUUCCAAUUAUACAAAUGAUGGAGUAUAUCCGUCGGCAGCUAAUGACUUGGUUCAAUGAGCGUCGUGAAGCAAGCAUGCAGUGGACUAGUAUACUUGUUCCAUCUGCUGAAAGGCGUGUGUCGGAGGCUAUUGAGCGUGCUCAUAACUAUCAAGUGCUCCGAGCAAAUGAAGCUGAAUUUGAAGUCAUAUCCCAUGAAGGGUCACAUAUAGUGGACAUCCGUUCUCGUUGCUGUUCAUGUCGCGGAUGGCAGCUUUGUGGGCUGCCCUGUGCUCAUGCUGUGGCAGCUCUUCUUUCUUGCAGGCAGAAUGUUCAUCGGUUUACUGAAAGUUGUUUCACUGUCACAAAUUAUCGCAAGGCAUAUUCACAAACAAUACACCCAAUUCCAGAUAAAACUCUUUGGAAGGAGAUGUUAACAGUAUUUCAGAAUGAUGAUAAUAAAGAUGCUGAGGUUAUCAUAAAUCCUCCAAAAUCACUCAAGCCACCAGGACGGCCAAGGAAAAGGCGGGUUCGUUCAGAAGACAGCGGUCGUGCAAAACGGGUUGUGCAUUGCAGCCGCUGCAAUCAGACUGGGCACUUUCGAACAACAUGUUCAGCACCUAUAUAGGUACUGGUAUACAAGUAGCACUACUCCCCCCUCCCCUACUGUGUAAAGAAAAUCUAGUCCGUUUAUAUUUUUCUCUAGUUUUUUAUUAUUAAUUGCUUCAGUUCUCAGAGAUAUUCUGUACUAUUCAUAGGCUUCUUCAGAUGAGAUUUCAGUUUAGAUAGGUAAUAUUUUCAGAGGUCCA